UCUUUCCCCGCGUUCUCCCAGGUUGUGGAAACGCUGCAGCCCGCUGGUCUAUGUCUGGAUCUCUCUCUCGCACACAACCGCUCAAGACCCUCCCACCGGCUGGGCAGAGGAAGGAGGAGGCAGUCUGCUCCGCUCGAAGCCUCGGACGAGCCCCCUUUACCACCCUGUCAGUGUGGAGGAGAAGGAGAGAGAGAGAGAGAGAGAGACAGGCUGAGAGACUGAGUGAGAGAGAGAGAGAGAGAGAGAGAGAGAGAGCAGCUGUGUGACAGAGAAAGAGAACGAGGCAGGCUGCUUGGAGGAGUGAGACAGCCAAGGAAGAAAUAAGGAACACAUUUUACAAGAGCAAAGGAAGGAUUGCAGACGAGGACUCCUUAUCCACUGGGGCACUCAGGACACAGUCACAGCGGGGUUUUUUUUUUUCACUCUUCUACAAGCUGGAACUCAGUGGAUUGUCUAACAAAUCAGUGGAUUUUUAUUUUUUUUGUAAUAUUCGCCCGUGCCACAUCGUUUAGAAACUGGGAUCGUUUCUAUGUUAUCUGUCCUCCUGCUGGCUCAACCGCUCCAGACUGAGAUUUCUUUCUGUGUCUGUGUUCAGCACUCGUGUUGUGAUUCUGCCUCUCGCACAAAGUGCAUCUGUCGGCAACCGGCGCUGAGGAUAUCUCCCCUCUGUCAAGCAGGACAGCACGCAGCCAUCGUCGAAUCAGACUAGAGAGGCAAGAGAGAAAGUGUGUGUGCGUGCGUGUGUGUAUGUGCGCGCGUGUGUGUGUGUGUGCGCGCAUGUAAGAGAGGGAACGAAGAGGGAGAGAGAGAGAGGGGCAGUGAGAGAGUCGGAUCCACAGUGUGUCUGAGAGAGAGGCAGUUUCAAGCCCAGGCGAAAGACUGGAGAGAAACCGCUUAAAUAGAGAAGUGAACCUAUACGUCCUCUCCCAUUUUCCUUACCAUUCCUCUCCUCCUCCUCCUCCUCCUCUCCUCCUCUUCCUCUCCCAUUUUCUAACAUUCAUAGGACUGCCAGAGCUGCUGCCACCUGCACCUCCUCGCGUCUUCUCUCUCCUCUUCUUCCUCUACCUCACCCUCACUAGGCGUUAUUUUCCGACAGCAGCCUCUGACAGACGCGCUCCUGGUUCUAGCACUUGUGGAAAUAUCUCCUAUCAUCUGCCAGCGAGAGACUGAGUGAACAUCUGCCCGAACACUGAGUUCUGGACCACUGAGGAACAGUUCGUUAGGAGAUUCCCCGUCCGAGGCAGACAUUCUCUCAGCCGCUGUCCGGCAAGCAGAAACCCCUUCUCGCUCCCCGGAGGACUGUCUGGCGACACAGUGGUGCGGACAGCAAGAGACAGGAAUUGCACAAUCCCUCUGUUGCCUCUUAUCCCAUUGCUAGCUACUUGGCAGCUCCCGCCCCCGUGUCACCAUUCCCUGCCUCAGUGCUAAGGAUUCCAGCUACAUGGGCAAGCGAUUGGAGCAGCAGCCAAUGUACCCUCAGUACACCUACUACUACCCCCACUAUCUCCAGACCAAGCAGCCCUAUGCUCCACCCCCUCAUCCCAUGGCUCCUCCCAGCCCCAGCACCAACAGUUGCAACCAGGGAGGGGCGGAGCAGCUGAGUAAGACCAACCUGUACAUCCGAGGUCUGCCGCCUGGGACCACCGACCAGGACCUCAUCAAACUCUGCCAACCGUAUGGAAAAAUAGUGUCAACCAAGGCCAUUCUGGACAAGAACACUAACCAGUGCAAAGGCUAUGGCUUUGUGGAUUUUGACAGCCCAGCCGCAGCACAGAAGGCCGUCUCGUCUCUCAAAGCCACCGGGGUUCAGGCCCAAAUGGCCAAGCAACAAGAGCAAGACCCCACCAACCUCUACAUCUCCAACCUGCCGGUGUCUAUGGACGAGCAGGAGCUGGAGAACAUGCUGAAGCCGCUGGGUCACGUCAUCUCCACGAGGAUACUGAGGGAUGCCAACGGGGUCAGCAGAGGAGUCGGCUUCGCAAGAAUGGAGUCUACAGAGAAAUGUGAAGUAGUGAUACAGCAUUUUAAUGGAAAAUACCUGAAAACCCCGCCAGGCAUUCCAGCUCCCACGGAGCCUUUGCUUUGCAAAUUCGCUGACGGAGGGCAGAAGAAACGCCAAAGCCAGAGCAAGUACCCACAGAACGGGAGGCCGUGGCACAGAGAAGGCGAGACUGGCAUGGCGUUAACAUACGAUCCUGCUGCAAUGCAGAAUGGGUUCUACUCUUCGCCUUACAGCAUCGCCACCAACCGCAUGACCUCCAUCACGCCCUUCAUCGCUGCUUCCCCCGUUUCCACAUAUCAGGUCCAGAGUACGUCAUGGAUGCCUCAUCAACAAUAUGUUAUGCAACCUACAGGUGCAGUGAUCACGCCAGCCAUGGACCACACUAUGUCCAUGCAGCCUGCCAGCAUGAUGGGCCCUCUCACCCAGCAGAUGAACCAUCUGUCCCUGGGCACUACAGGAAGUUACAUGACUGCUGCAGCCGCCGCCGCGCCUAUGCAAGGGACCUACAUUCCCCAGUACACUCCUGUGCCUCCAACAGCCGUCCCUGUUGAAGGAGUGGUGACAGACGCCUCGCCCCAGACAGUGGCUCCUUCAUCACAGGAGGUGGCCGGCCAGCAGCAACAGAUCCAGGUGGACAGCGCUGCCGACCACGUUCCUGCUUACUCAUACCAGUCCAACAUCGGCCUGAGCGAAUGUUCCUGUGACAGCGUUGCCUUGAGACAGAAGGUGGCUGCACUGUGAAUGUGAGGAAAAGAGAAAAGAAAGAGAUUGCUUCCAGAUUGCCCAGGCACCAAAAAAAAAAAAAAAAAAAAGAAGAAGAAAAAAAAAGAGACAAUUUUUUCAUUUCCUACCUGGCCUACGAGGAGAGGAAAAAAAAAAAAAAUCAAGACGGAGGCACAGAGGGCUGAGGACGGGGAUGGAGGGGGGAAAUUGCUGGGCACAGUGCAAAGAAGUGAAAUAGUUUAGUCUGGGAUCCUGCCUGAAGGGCUUUGCUGAAGCUUGAAAAGUUUCUCAAAGAAAAUUCUCAACCAUUUAAGAAAAAAAAAAAAAAAAAAAGGAAAAAGGUUUUAAAAAAAAUUUACAAAAUAGUAAAAAAAAAAAAAAAAAAAAAAAGGUUGAAUGCAGGUAGGCGAUGAAGUUUAUUUUGUAAUUAGAUGAGGAGAGUCAAGUUUGAGAUACACACAGAGAUUGUCUUCCUCAGAUAUUAAGCUACAGUUUCUUUUUCUGUCUUUUUUUUAUGUUCUAGUGUUAAAUCUUAGUUUUCUAGAUAUAUUCAAAAACAACUUUGUUUUUGCUUUUUUUUUUUUUUUUUUUUCUUUCUUUUUCUUGAAUCUUCAUGGCCUUAAUUUGAAGGGCGCCGGAAACUUUUUAAAGUCUGACGUCCGCUCGGAGGAAAACAAAAACAAACAAAAUCAAGUCUCUUGGACCACUUGGAGGGUGCAAGAUACUGGAUGAGUUGUUCUAAAGAGGAAAAAAAAAAAACAGAAUCUAUCACAUAAGCUGUACAGAUUUAAUAGAGAAGAGCUUUUUUCUUUUCUUCAUUAGAAGAAAACUUUGAUAAUUAUUAUGUCAGAGGUAACUAAGUGUCAGAAGAAAACAAAAUGUCUGUUGGGGAAAUAAAAUUUAAAAAAAAAAAAAAAGACUUGUGGGGGGAGGGGGAAGAUGAAGCUUUGAAGAGAUUUUUUCACAAUGAGGAAAAAAAAAAAGAAAACAUAAGAAAAAAAACAUGCUGCAUUGUGGAUGCAGUCUGUUGCAAAUGCUGAACUUGUUUUUUAUUAUCAUCAUUAUUUUACAUGGCGAGAGUUGCUGUCGACGACAUUAGUGCUUUUUAUCUGCCACAUUUUACCUUUUUUAUGAGCUUUAAGAUGUUUUUAGCCCGCUUUGCUUGUCACACCGCGAAAAAGAAUUUUAAAAAACACGACGGAAAAAAAAAAAGAUAAAAUCAACAAAAAAAAAAA